CGUUGGGCCACAAAACCACAUCGUGGGAUUGAGAUUCAUUCACAGUCUUUUUUACGGACUUCCUAGGACAGAUGAGCCCCUUUAAAGUAGCUCGAAAUGUUUUUUCAUGGAAACUGGCAGUGUGCCAAGCGAGCAUGGGGAAUUCUGAAUCCAUGACAAGGCUAGCUAGCAGAAUUUCACUCAGUGUCUCCAUGUCUCGCCUAAAUUCGCCUUUGUCUGGAGUACACAUUAUACAUGUGUCUACUGUUUAAAUACGCUGUAUGUUUCUGCACUCUGGAAGAUACAGUGCUCAGAGCUAAUGGCCGGAAGAUCAGGUUGGUACAUGUAACUCCUUGAUCAGGCUGAGUUCUUAUCAUCAGUAGAGAUGCAUACAUGUACUGAUGUACUGGUACAUUGUUGUCAACAGGGCAGUGACAUCAGCUACGCAUACAUGUUGACACAUACAUGUACGGCCUUCCUCAAGACUUGCAUUUUCUGGCAGAACUGCAGAGAAGUACCAGUACACGUUUGAAUUCUUUUGGAAGCAUUUCUGUCUUUACCAUUGAUUUUUUUUUCUGGCUGUUUAUGAUGUCAUUUUCCAAAUUAAAUUCUGUGAAUCAUCAUUGUAAUUGUAUGAGAGCCAAGCUAGGUAGCAUCCUCUUCCUCUUCUUCCGAUGACCAAAGCCAAUUGUGAAAGUUUAUCCAGUCUAAACGAGAAAGUCGACCACAGUGGUUUUACCAAAUACCAAUUAGAGGUCUUGACAAGUGAGACUCGGAGCUAUGACCUAGUCCUUGAGCUCCAUCUUGUAGGUGUUUAAUUAGAAACCCACAGUCAUCAUUCAGUAGAUAGCAUAACCAUGGCACCUCAGGACGACCAGAGGGAAGCAAGGCCCAUGAAUCAUCGACAUGAUCACAUCCAUCCAAAGGAUGAGGCCUUCCAGUACCGAAGUACACAGCCCAAGGAAAUGGUCAUGCAGUUUGUCAAGGAGAACAAUCCUGCGAUCAUAAUCUUGCAGGGUUUUCUUUUGUUGGGUAAAACUAGAACAAGCAAGGAGUUUGCCCGUCUGCUUGCGAAGCAAUUGCGAGAAUCAACGGAUUGUGCCAAGGAAGUUCACACUUUUCUGUUUGAUCUAAAAAACGUUGAAUCAGCAGAGAAACUGCCAAGUUAUAUCUACAAUGAUAUAUGCAAAGCUGAAAUAAAAGGCUUUGAGUUUAAUGUCAUAGACAAUGUUGAUCAACUCAGUGAUGCCUUUAGAAAGGCAAAUGAUAGGAAAAAGGCAUUUACAUGUAUACUUGUACUUGACAAUAUUGAUAGAGUUCAUGACAGGGAACGUCCGAAGAUGCUCGAUUUCAUCCAAGGUUUUGCAGCUAUGACCAGAAAUGUGCAUAUUGUCCUAACCAGUGUUACUGAUGUCAAUCUAGUGAGAGAUCCCAAUAUGUUCAUGAAGUAUCAUUUGAAGCCAUUGGAGCCAGAUUGUGCCAAGGAAUUGCUGCGGGAGACAGCGGGUAAUCCAGAGGGCUUUGAUAGGCAUGCAGAUGAUAUCAUCCGUCUGGUGGGUGGUUCGCCGUUAGCUCUAAUGAUCGCAGGGAACGAGAUGAACAAAAAGUCCACCCAACUGCCAUACACUCCAGAGGACUUUGUUGAAGUCAUGAAAGACUCGUCAUCGUUAGCCCUUCACCUUGAGAAUUCCCCUUCGGAUGAUCAACUAGUAAAGAGAAUAACUGAUAUUGUCCAGGACAAUUUCAGUGAGUUGGAGAAGUUAGUAAUGGCAAUGGACAACCCACAAGUAUUUACUCCAGAGGACUUGAAAGAUGCCAUGGCUGCUGCAUGUGGAACUCAAAAGCAUGCAUGGGAGAUCAAAAGGACUGUUCUGUUUGUCCUACGAAAAUCUAUGUAUGGAUUUAAUGAUGAUAAUGGCAGUGCUGAAUCUACACCUCUAGUGAUUGAAAUAUUGAAGGAAGCAUUCUGCCAGAUGACCUCAAAAGAUGGUUUCCUUAAGGACUUCAAUAGUAAUCUGGUGAACACUAUAGAUGACACAAGCCACUUGAUGAGGUCGGUAGCAAAAGGACUUCGCCAGGCUGAAAUCUGCCUUCUUAGAAAUCAUGUGCAUCAAAAGGUGCAGAAUCUGCGGAGCAUUGUCAUUUCAAAAGCCUGUGAAUUGCUUCGAACAAUUGGAGUAGAUGAAAAGACCCAGAAUGACUUUCGCUCAAAGAGUCUACACAUUAAAAAAGAGUGGGAAGAGUUGGAGGCCAAAGCAGACAGAAUACAUGUACAAGUGGGUAUUCAAGAGAGUUGCCCUAAUCCUGAAGGAAAGUCUGUUGAAAAAGAAUUGGAGGCCUGUAUCUCUCCGACAUUUACAUCAAACAUAUUGCCCAAUGUGAAUGAAAGCCAGGCUGUCGGUUCUUCAACAUCUUCAGUGCAAGCAGCAAAUGUUGAAAGUUCUGAGGAAACCAAACGGGUCGACGAACCACAUCAACAGAAGGAAAGUGGAGACAAAGAACAAAAUGCGAGUGGAAAUACCCUAAUAGCUGAAAUAACCAGGGUAGUUAGUGAAACAACUGUCAAGGGGCAAGCUUCAGAUAGGCUUCUCUCAUCUUGCAGUGUCAAGACCACGGAUACAGAAGAAGGUCAUUUUAAAACUGCCCAUGUAAAUAAAGAUAAAUGUAUGACUAAUGUAUCCUGUUCUCAAGCAAGUGUCCUUUCAGAUGCCUUUGGUCACUUUUCCAUUAGACAACUGAGUGAACCAGGUUCCCUUCAUUCCACAGAUUGCAGGGAACCAUCUCAGGAGAGCUUGCCGUUGCAUGGUACCUACUCCGCCUUGCCCACACGUCUGGACAACCAUGUCCUCACAAGUUCUCCAGACGUUGAAAGUAGGAAACAGGGUGAUCAAGAUAUUGAUACAGGAUGUAAUGGGUUGUCCAGGAAAGAAGCAACAGAAUCAGAAUUUGAGGAUUGGGAGCAUGAAGAUGUUGAAGAGGUAGGUGAGUCAAAGGAAGAAACAAAUGCCAACAGCGAACCAUGUUUUACAGUUCCUCAGCCUGACAGAAAGGAGCAUCUUGCUGGAAGUGAAACAAAUGAUGAAGGUACCAAGCCUCCGCAUCUGCAAAACAUUCAGACAGCUGUUGUCACAUCUAAUCCCAGGAUCUCCAAUGCCACUACCACUGGAAGACAAAGUGAUAUUCUGCAGCAGUCUCGUCCCCAAGAUAGGAGACAUGAAACCAGGGGACCGGGUAUCCUAGGGUUGUCUCCUGCAGCUGCAUCCUUUGACUCCCAUAGACAUCCACCUGUUCCUGUCAUUCCAUCCCAUAACAACCUAGCAUUGCAACGAAAUCCCUCCUCUCCGUGUAUGGAUAUACAUGGAAGAUAUCCAAUAGACAGUGGUUUCAUGCCUGCCAGCCAACCAAUACAGGAACAGAACUAUAUGACACCAGGACUUCUUCAGCCAUCAAAUAUCCAAGUGUUGAAUAACACACCUUACAGUGGAAGUUCAGGUCACUACAAUCACUUUGGUAGAGAGUAUAAUGAGCGUGAUUUCGAUCAAGGUCCAGGUUCUCUUCAGCAAUCACAUGUCCAAGGUGAUAGGCUCCCUAACACAAAUUACAGUGGAGGUUCCAGCCAGUACAAUCACUUUGGAAGGGAGUACAAUCAGCAUAAUUUCCUAGAGUCCCACAACCCAAGCAGUAUCCCUGUGCGUAAAUUGACAAAGACAUUUGAUGAAUUAUCUCUAGAAUGUGGGCCAUCUUAUUCAAGUGAUAUGUCAUAUUCAUUUUCAGACUUUCAGCAGCAACAAUCCAAGUGUGUCUACCCCCCUCAGAGGAGUGGGCAUCCUUAUCAUAGCCUUGUAUCCACUCCCAAUCACGAGUAUAGGGCACAGCCCCCUUCUCCAUGCUUCCAACCUCGGGGACCCCCCUCUUAUAAUGACCAAAGUCCCCAUCACACCUUGAGAAUGUAUGGGGAUGACCAACAUGGCAGUGUCAGGAAUGACCACCACCAAGUACGUGGGCCACCUCAUGAUAUUGAUCCUUCAUCUCAGAACUCAAGAUUGCGAUCCCGGGGUCCAUCAAGUAGGUUCCAACAGUCGUAUGGUGCCCCGUACCAAAACCAUGUCAGUACCCCACCUCCCCAAUCCCAGGUCCAUUCACCCAGGUACAGAUAUCCUCAGUCUCAAGGACCACCCUUCCAGAGCAUGGGAAUGCCCCCUUCUCCAGUCUUCCAACCUCGGGGACCCCCCUCAAGUGUCCAAAGUCCCCCUCACACCUUGAGAACGUAUGGGGAUGACCAACCGGGCAGUGCCAGGAAUGGCCCACCAAGUGGACCUUACCAAGGAGAUCAUUUCCACCGACAACAAAGUCAGUAUCAACCUCAAUCUAGGUAUGAUCAAAGAAAUGGUCGGUACUAAAACCAGUCAAAUGUUAUGAUUUCAUUGGUUUGAUAACUGUCACGUAACAGGGUCCCUUUUCCUUUAUAAAGUCCAGUCACACAUAGUUACAAGCAAUAAUUUCAUCCUAACAUUUUCAUCCCAUUCCAUGCAAGAUUUGUACCGGUAGGCUUAAUUCACAAUUUUUUUUGUGCGACAUGUUUUACAGAUAGUCUUUAAGUUGCCUAAAUGAAUCUUUUUAAAUAUAAACUUGAUGCUUGCACAGCACUCGUUUCACUUGGGAUUUUGGUUCAUUUAGAGUUUUUUUAAGAGAAAAAAAAGGAGAAGGUUACUGCAUAAAUGUACACUGCUUCUAUAUAUUGAGGCAAUACAAACACAAAUGGCCAGUAAAUAUAUAUUAGCAAUUCAUAAUAAGUUUAAUGAUUAAAGAAUGACCAGCAUUCCAUGGGGAAUUUCUCAUACAUGAAGGUUGUUUUUGAAAGUUUGUAAUGUUCUCAAAUUAUCAUGGCUUUACAAGUCCAUGUAGCGAGUAACAAUGGACAAAACUUGAGUCAGGUGAUAAAAAAAUAUCAUUUUAUUGAAUUAAACAGGCAUUUUUAAAUGAAAGAAUAUCAUGACAUAAAGAAAAUCAUAUAAAUUGGAUAAUUUCACAAUCCAAGUAUUUUUACUGAAAUGAAUUGGUCCCAGUACAAGUAAUUUGCUUCAGAUGUUUUUUUUUUUUUCUGAAAAAGUGAUGCAAGGUUGUUUCAAAGGUAUGUAAAUGGCGGGAGAUAACCACAUACAGAGCCAGAAUAGAAUAGAAUAGAAAUGGUUUAUUUGAACAAAAGAAAUCAUUCGCGGCCCAAAGGCCGAAUUACAGAUUUUCAGACAAAUACAAAAAUAUACAGGAAAAUUACAACAUAAUUAGAAACGGGAAUUAGAAACACAAUUUGGGGGAAAAAAUCACAUGCCUGGGGUAAAUACAUAAAUAAGUUAUUGCCAAAUCAGUCAUCAUUGUAAUACAAUAAUUUUGUAACCAUUUACUAUUUGAUUCUUUAUCAUAAUCUAAAAUUUGAUUAUUAUUUUUAUCAUUAUUAUCAAUAUCAUAUUUAACUAUCCUUUUAUUAUUCACAUUAUCAUCAUAAAACAAUUUGUAUUGCACAUAGAGAAACAUUGACACUUUGUAUUACACUCAUAAAGAAAUAAAUAAAAGAUGUUCGUUCAUAGUUUACCACUGGUCUAUAAUAAUAGAGAGGGUUCGACCAACCAGGUUUCAAUGGGAUAACCAACAUGGCGCAAUAUCAAUUGAAUUGGGCUUGCCUAACAAAGCAUUAUGCGCCAUGUUGGUACCCAUUGAAGGUCAUCAACAAAAAAUUUAGGGGGGGGGAGACCGUCCCCCUCACUUCUAAUCUAGGGGGGACACGUCCAUCGUCACUGUAGUGUGUAUUGUUGUUUUCAAUGUAGUGACAUGAAUUUGGAAUCCACUGGUCGUUUUUAGUUUUAGAUUACUUCUUUUAUUUUUCUGUACAUAAUAUUUAUUAUGACUACAUAUACAUGUACUUGUAUGUUGCUGCCUCUGAUUUGAAAAUGUAUAUGUUGGUAGUUUGAUUUCUUGACCAUUCAUGGUUAUUUAUCAUGCAUGCAAUCUUGUUAUUAGGUGUUUUAUAUAUUGUAAAUUAUGCACAUUGUAUUACCAUAUUAAAUUAAUGUCUGUACAACACUAGUGUAUCGGGAUGGUGGAGUGGGGCAAGUUUUUUUUAUCCUAAGUAGGCUUUCAAGGUAUGCAUUGCUAUGCAGUAUACUAGCCUCCAUAUGUGUAUAUGAUAUAUACAGUACAUCUUAGAGAAAAGGUAAAUCAAUUAUAUUUCAUUUACAUCAUCAUGAAAUUAAGCAUUUUUCAUUUUAUUGAUACUGAGAUAAACACUUCACGAAAAAGAGGAAAACAAGAUUGAAAUUUCUGUCAGGAUCAAGUUGUGCAGAAAAAAUGGACAGUAUUAGUUUCACGAUGUGACGACCGUGUUUUUUCAACCAUUGGCUCAUUAACAGUCAAGCAUUUAUUUGUACUCUUUGUUAAGUUUCUGCCUCUGAUCUGUACGAGGAGAGUGGAUUCAGAUUCUUGCUCGAAUUUUUGCACAAAUUGUUUCUGAUAUGCCUCAAUAUUUAUGGUUUGUUAUCUGCCAUGCGUGAACAAUUUUCUAAGCUUUAGGUCACAAAUUAAAGAAGAGAUCCACCUCUCAUCAUGUGCGACAUUUAUAUGAAUUUCUAUAUAUUUAUAUAUAUAUAUAUUUGUACACUUAAUUGGCUAUAGAAAUGUAAUCAUUAUUAUCAUAAACCGAUUGUAAUUAUAUAUAUGUAUAUCUCUUGGGACUACCGAAGCUGUAAAUAGCACAUAUUUUGGGUAUAAUCUGGUCUGAAGUAAUGCUGUCAAUUACCGGUAGUUUAACUGGCUCUGUCACAUCUUUCUAUGCAUGCCCUGCAGUUUCAGCCGGCAUUCACCCGCAACUCAACGGCAAACAAGUUUUGAGCAUGUGCAUGGCUUUUCUGCAUGCAAAUCGAACUUGCAUGCGCUCCUUUAGGCAAAUUUAUGUAAGAUAUGUGUGAGAUACUGUCAAUGUGGGCAACCUGCGAGUGGAAAAAAAUUAUCACCUGCAAGUCACACGCAAGGCUUUAUAAUUACACUGUAUAAACAUUUACAAUUUUUUUCAGACAAACAAUAAAUGAACAUGUUAUAUGCAUAAUUCCUAAUACAUUAAUACAUAGACAUAUGUAGUCAAUCUGACUUAGUUUACAAUGAAAAAAUUGUCACAGUCAAAGCAAAUCUGGCAAGAAAAAGAAGAGAUCUUGAGAAGAUACAUAUAUCUAAUUCUAAGAAAUAAACAUUGGUAAUAAUUAUGUCUUUUAAGGUGACACAUUGACAGCUUGCUCAAAAAAGUUUCUGAAACAAAACCAUUUCUUUCUGAACUUAUUUGCUCUGAAAUUUGUUCCAUAUAUAUAUUUUUCCAUUUCAUUGUACUGUUUUAAUGCGGAUAUAAUUGUUGUAAAUGAAGGAAACUCUUCUCAAUUUGGCUAAAUAUAUCCUAAAUAUAUCUCUUUUCUUAUGAUCAUCAUGAUACAGUUAAAAGCAUUAUUUGUACCACAAAAUCCAAACAAUUUGUUUUCAUACGUUAAUAUGAUCACCUCUCAAUUAUUUUGAAAUAUCCAUGAUUCUAUUCUCGACCAUAUUACUUUAGAAUGAGUACAAAGGCAAAAUAUAUGCAUAAUUAUUUCAUCAUUAUCAAUACAAAAAGUACAUUUCAUAUUUGCUACUCUACCAAAUUUCAACAGAGAAUCUUUCUUAUACAAUAUUUUGAUGAAAAUUUUCAUUUGAAACCACCUUAUGUUUAUAUCCAUUGUUGCCUAAGUGUUUUUAUUUUUAUGAUAUUAUGAAACUAUUGUAUCCAUUAUAUUAUUAUUAUUUGUACAAAUGUUUAAUUUAAAAUUUCUCCUUUUCUGCCAUUUUGAAUAUAACCUGUGCUUUUUUAAUCUGUGUCAUGGACAUUGCCCAACUUCAUUUUUUUGUUUGAUGCUUUUUUUCUUAAAAAAAGUAUAAUUUUCUUUGUUGAUACAAUGAAUGUUUUGUAAAUGAAAGUAUCCUUGCUUGAAGUCUGAAGUUAAAGAGUCUG